UUUUCUCCACCUUUUUACAUAGAAAAUCUGAACGCAGCUCUUGCGCGGGUCUAUAUAUGCAAGUUUGUUUGGCCUUUGGACCUCAUACGCAUCAGAUCUGUGACUCCAGAUCUGUACUUUCUCUCUCUCUCUCUCUCUCCUAUCUCACAUCUCUCUCCACUCUUUCGAAAGCUAACGAUCAUAGCAAGGCUAUCAAGAACAGGUAAAAAUGGUGAAGAUCUGUUGCAUUGGAGCCGGCUAUGUUGGAGGCCCUACCAUGGCCGUGAUAGCACUGAAGUGCCCCUCAAUAGAGGUGGCCGUUGUUGAUAUAUCUACAUCACGGAUCGCUGCUUGGAAUAGUGAGCAACUCCCCAUCUACGAGCCAGGCCUUGAUGAUGUGGUAAAGAAGUGCAGAGGGAAGAACCUUUUCUUCAGUACUGAUGUUGAAAAACAUGUUUUCGAGGCAGACAUCGUCUUUGUUUCAGUUAACACUCCUACAAAAACUCAAGGCCUUGGAGCCGGCAAAGCUGCUGAUCUGACCUAUUGGGAGAGUGCUGCUCGUAUGAUAGCUGAUGUAUCAAAAUCCAAUAAAAUUGUUGUUGAAAAAUCAACAGUCCCUGUGAAAACAGCUGAGGCAAUAGAAAAAAUUCUGACCCACAACAGCAAAGGUAUCGACUUCCAGAUUCUCUCUAACCCGGAAUUCCUUGCUGAGGGAACUGCAAUAAGUGACCUUUUCAAUCCUGACCGCGUUCUCAUCGGAGGUAGGGAGACCCCAGAGGGCCAGAAGGCAAUCAAAGCACUCAAAGAUGUCUAUUCCCACUGGGUUCCUGAAGAACGGAUCAUUUGCUCUAAUCUGUGGUCUGCUGAGCUUUCCAAGCUUGCAGCUAAUGCUUUCUUGGCACAGAGGAUCUCUUCAGUGAAUGCCAUGUCAGCACUCUGCGAGGCAACCGGUGCAGAUGUCUCCCAAGUGUCACAUGCUGUGGGUAUGGACACGAGAAUUGGACCCAAAUUCCUCAAUGCAAGUGUGGGUUUUGGGGGUUCUUGCUUCCAGAAGGACAUCUUAAACUUGGUCUACAUUUGCGAAUGCAAUGGCCUCCCCGAGGUUGCGAACUACUGGAAACAGGUCAUUAAGAUCAAUGACUACCAAAAGAACCGCUUUGUGAACAGGGUGGUUUCCUCAAUGUUCAACACUGUUUCAGGUAAGAAGGUUGCUAUUCUAGGAUUUGCUUUCAAGAAGGAUACUGGUGAUACAAGAGAGACCCCGGCCAUUGACGUGUGCAAAGGACUAUUGGGGGACAAAGCCCAGUUGAGCAUAUACGAUCCACAGGUUACUGAAGACCAGAUUCAGAGGGAUCUUUCAAUGAAGAAGUUCGACUGGGACCAUCCAAUUCAUCUUCAGCCAAUGAGUCCUACUACUGUCAAGCAAGUCAGUGUGGUUUGGGAUGCUUACAAUGCGACAAAGGAUGCUCAUGCCCUUUGCAUUUUGACCGAGUGGGAUGAGUUCAAAUCACUCGAUUUCCAGAAGAUCUAUGACAAUAUGCAGAAGCCCGCGUUUGUUUUUGAUGGCCGGAAUAUUGUGGAUGCGGAGAAGCUGAGAGGAAUCGGGUUUAUUGUUUACACCAUUGGUAAGCCAUUGGAUGCUUGGCUUAAGGACAUGCCUGCCGUGGCUUAAAGAAUGAUUAUCGUUAUCGGCUUUUUGUGGGUGGCUCAGGGUAGAAUUACAAGUAUAAGAGGAUGGAGAAUUUACUUACUAUACAGUGUUAUUACUCUUUUGUUUCUGUUAGACUUGGUACUAUGUUGUCUAAGAGUAACUAGACUUGGUACUAUGUUGUCUAAGAGUAACUAAGUGUCCGAAUUGUUGUCUGUAGUUAGUGAAAAAUAUGAAUUUUGUUCUUUGGUGGUUUAUUGUAAUAAAUCAGCACCCAGCAAAUACAAAUAUUUUCUAAAUAUAUCUAUCUCCUUUUGCAGUGA